ACUUUGGCAAAAGUUCCAUGGCGGUGGAGUUUUUCUUCGAUUCAACAGAAAUUGAACAGAAAGUUCCAUGGGAAGGAUUCAACAGAAAGUGAAAAAAAAAACUUAUCCCCUCGAUGUCUUUGCUUGAAGUCUCCGUCGUCAGCCUGGCCCAAGACACCAAUUGCUCGCUGA